AUGUCAACAUUGAAUAAUUUACAAAGUUUAAAUUUCCCGCCAUCAAUAUUCCCACCACCACCACCACUAUUACCACCUCCUCCUCCCCCAUCGGAUUUAUUAUUUCCACAUUUAUGGGGAUUCCAGGAAGGGAAGCCGAAUAGUUAUUCAUCGUCAACGAUCUCACUAUCACCGUCAUCAUCAUCGUCAUCAUCGACUUUCACCUUGUCGACGUGUAAACCACUACCUUCUCAAAUGAUCCCUUCAUCACCUGUAGAAUUACAUAAUCAAACAAGUACAAAACGAAAUUCAGCAUUUCAUCAUCCAUACCCAAUAAAUUUGAGUAUUCUGGGGAAAAGAUACUUUCCGUCAUAUGAUGAAAAAGGAAUCAUUUCAUCGACUGAUGCCUCUGCCGGCCCUAACGCUGACAAUGGUGAUAAGCAUAACGGUAGUUACAAUAAGAAUGAAACGUUAGUUUUCAAAUCUACGAAAGAGACUACAACCAAGUGGGAUAAAUACUCAUUAUAUAACAGUAAUAACAAUAAAUGUGUGGAGAAGAUCCGUCAGAAUAAACAAACUUCCUCAGAUUUUAAUGGUAUAAAUACUAGUUUCCAUGAGAUUGACACUGGAAGACGAAGAAAAUGUAGAAGAGUUGGAGAAGCCUCCAAUACAAUCGACAGCAAAAACGGUGACCAUCAUGAUCAUAAUAAGAAGGAUGUCAGAGACGAUGAUGUGGAAGAGAUUUCAACAAUAACAGCAGUACCAGCACUAGGUGGAGAAGAAGACGACAACGGCGAUGAAGAAGAAGACGAUGAAGAGAUUAACAGUUCACAUCUUGAUGAUUAUGAAACAGAUAUCGGUUCAAAAAAUGGACAAAGCAUGGAAUGUGUUGUUUGUGGGGAUAAAAGCAGUGGUAAACAUUACGGGCAGCAUACAUGUGAAGGUUGUAAGAGUUUUUUUAAACGAUCUGUCCGACGAAAAUUAAAUUAUACUUGUCGAGGGAAUAGACAAUGUCCAAUUGACAUACAUCAUAGAAAUCAAUGUCAAUAUUGUCGAUUUCAAAAGUGUAUUAAAGUUGGUAUGAGGAAAGAAGCUGUACAACAGGAUCGUUUACCACCGUUCCCUUCAAUAUAUCAUCCAUAUUAUGGUCUAUCGAAUUUGCUUACUUCAAACAUCUUUACAUCAAUGCGUCAUUUAAUGAUUGGACCAAAUAUUACACAAAUAAUCAAUAUGUUACUCUAUGCUGAGCGUAAUUCAAAUCAAUACUUAAAUAAUCAAUAUUUAGUACAUUAUUUGAAUUUCAUUUUAAAUGGAUUCAAUAAAACAAACUCAGUGAGCCAAUCAGUGACAAGGACAAGUGAAGUUAUAAACCAAUCCAGUGUAAAUGUUAAUAGCAGCUCUAGCAGCAGCAACAGAAGUGGGGGCAAUAAUGGUGAAAAUUUUAAAUUUUCAGAAAUAUUCAACUUAUCUACUUAUAGUGAUAUCAGUAGUAGUGAUAAUGCCAUGAGACUGACUACUUCACCAGCAUAUUCAUCAGAAUUUUCAAUGUCUAAUUCAAAAUCACCAGCAAAAUAUCCUCCACAGAAUAUGGAUAGUAACAGUGAACAGUCUACAGUCAUGAAUGAAAUAACCAAUUCUACACUGUCUUAUCUAUUUGUGAUAAUUGAAUGGGCACGAAGUAUCCCGUUAUUUACGGAAUUACAGCCAAGUGAUCAGUUAAUACUACUCAUAAAUUCAUGGGCAGAAUUAUUCAUACUUUAUCUAGUUCAAACGUGUAAUACUUCUGCUGUUACCGCAUUACAUAACGGUAGUAAUAAUAAUAAAAACAAUUCACCGAUCAAUAAAACCUGGUUCAAUAGUUCAAUGAAAAUUGCAUCACUAAAACAAAAUUCGCCAUCUGAAGAAGCAGGCGAAUUUAAACAAGGUCAGUAUAAGGAAACUUUUGCAUCAACAUUGGAAUAUUUAACGGAUAAACCAGAUUCAUUAAGAUCGCAUCAACGAUAUUCAAGAAUAUUUCAAGAUCAAUUGGAACACUUACAACAGUUGAACCUUGAUCAGUCAGAAUAUGUUUGUUUAAAAGCAUUAAUUCUCUUUAAUUCAGAAGCGCCUGGUUUAAAAGAUCCCGGUGUUAUCGAUUCUAUUCAAGAAAGAAUUCAGUGUGCUUUAGAAGAACACGACAGAUAUCAUUAUUCACAUUAUCAACCAUUUCGUUUUGGUCGUCUACUUUUACGCCUACCAAAGUUAAAACAAACCGCCUCCUCGCCAUCUUUGUUACUAUGGUUACAGGAAAGGUUUUUACCAACUAUAGACUAUGGACAAAAAAGGAUAGAAGUGCUGAUUAAAGAAAUUUUUGAAAAAUCACUUUCUUUUCAAGGAAUUCAAGUGAUGCAGAAGUUUAAUCCAACUUUUGGACAAAAUUUAAUGUCAUAUCUAAAUCCUGGGAGGCAUUCUUUUUUACAGCCACCCGCACCAGCCUUCUCUUCCACUCGUCACUCUCUACCAUCAUCUGGAGGAUUCCCAAUAUCUCAGUCAACCCCUGUGUCGUCAGAGAAACUUGACAAGACCUCAUUUCCAUUGUUCAGUCCACUUACGGACUGUGUGAUCAAGCACCCUAAUGAUGUGCUACCUUUAAAGAGUCCUUUGUCCAGGUAUCUAUCCUCCAUAUGCAGUUCAACUGUGCCUUUAUCACAGUGUGAAGAUAACAGCAGUGCUGUUCCCUUCAACUUCGUUAACAAUCAUCCCAGUCAUAGUUCAUCAUGGUUGUCAGACGUAGUUAAAUCUGCAGAGUCUCCUACAAUUCCCAACAGUAACGAUUAUCCUGUCAGAAGUAAAUCAAUGAAUGACAAUUAUAACUCACAUGAAUUUUCACCGCAUAAAGAGACUACUUAUAAUGGUAGUAAUAGUAGUAGUAGUAUUAGUAGUAGUGUGAAUGUCAUCACAUCCCAGUCAUCACCAUCUUUAUCACCAUUGUCGAAAAUAUCCUCGUCUUGUUCAUCCAUAAAUUCUACACAGACAAAUAAUAGUAAUAAUAAUAAUAAAACCUAUGAAACUUGUUCAAUAUCCCCGUUGAAUAAUACUAGUAAUGUUGAACACAUUGAAUCGAAUAAGUUAAACAAUGAACUUGACACAGCUCAAAAUAAUUUUAGCAAUUAUUCAAAUGAAUUAUUUAAGAAUUUAUUAAAUUCGUCAAUAUCAUUAGAUGAGAAUGAAAAGAAUUCCCAGCUACAAAUUUAUUAUACAUUAUUACGUCAACAUUUAAAUUCAUUAUUACAUAAUCGAACAUUAUGACGCAACUAAAAUGCCCUUUGUCUAUAGAACUCUUCUAAAUGUGCACAACUAACCAACGAACCAAC